UUGACAUGAACACACGUAGUUACGGCUCCUACACAUCGCUACACGCGACGCGCGCGUUUCGAACGUAGUGUACUCCCGCGACCGGUUACUUUGCCGAUGAGCAACCAGUGACAUCUCGAUUGUUGUGCUGUGUGACUUGAGUGAAACGCUCAGUGCAAAUUUGUGCGAGUGAUGGAUUACUGCGGAUCUGUAAAGUGCUGACGACCGGCGGGCCUUGGACCCGACAUAUAUGCCCCGGCGCCGCUAGCCUGGCUGCGCCAGCAUGCGCGCCCCCGCGGUGCUCAUCGCCCUGCUAGGGUUUCUACCCCAGGUGCUGACGUCUGGUUCUUUCGAACUUAGGAUAAAAAGUUUUACGAACUCACUGGGUAGGUUAAGUAGUGGGCAGUGCUGUGAUGGUUCCUCAAGUAGUGAUGCGCCUUGUUUGGCGCCGUGCAGGACUAAAUUCCGCGUGUGCCUCAAGAUUUAUCAAGCUAAUAUCGAUACAACGUCACCGUGUACGUUCGGUGAUAUCACAACACCAGUGUUGGGUGGAAAUUCAUUGGAUGUUCCCAACCUCAAUGUGGAAGGAUUUAGUAAUCCCAUCGUGUUUCCCUUCGAUUUCACGUGGCCGGGCACAUUCUCGCUUAUAGUGGAAGCGUGGCACGACACGAACGAUACGUCGAGAUCUGACGACACUCUGAUCGCGCGAAUGACCAAGCAGAGUAUAGCGGACGUCGGCGGACCCUGGGUGGAGGAGGAGCAGCGGUGGGGGGGUUCCGAAGGGGCCCACCUUCGGCUGUCGUACCGGGUGACGUGCGCUGCGCAUUACUACGGCUCCGGCUGCGAAGUCCUCUGCAGACCACGAGACGACGGGUUCGGCCAUUACCGAUGUUCGCCUGCUGGGGCUAUAGUGUGCUUGCCCGGGUGGACGGGGGAUUACUGCUCGAAACCGAAAUGCCUCCCCGGCUGCGACUCCGAGCACGGAUACUGCCUCAAGCCCGACGAGUGCAUGUGUCAUUCGGGCUGGGUGGGCGAGUUCUGUGACCAGUGCGAGCGACACCCCGGCUGCGUGCACGGCACCUGCACCAAGCCCUGGGACUGCAGCUGCGAGGAAGGGUGGGGCGGGCUGUUCUGCAACCAGGACCUCAACUACUGCACCAACCACCGCCCGUGCAGGAACGGCGGCACGUGCCACAACACCGGCCAGGGCAGCUACACCUGCGUCUGCCCCCCGGACUACACGGGCUCGGAUUGCGAGAAAUCCCUUCAUUCCUGUGCCGUUAGACAAUGCCUCAACGGCGGCGCGUGCGUCCCGGAUGAAGGCGGAGAACUAGCCUGCGCCUGCCCGUCCGGGUACGAAGGGGCUCGAUGCGAAUCACGAAGACUGACAUGCGCCGACCAACCUUGCCGAAACGGUGGAACUUGCGAACCUAGAUCAUCUGGAUACCAAUGCGUCUGUCCAGCAGGAUACGCAGGCGUAGACUGCGAGAUUGAAGCGGAUCCUUGUGCCGCGAACCCUUGUCGGAACGGAGCGACGUGCACGCGCGCCGGCGACGGCUUCCGCUGCACCUGCAGGCCCGGGUUCCGCGGCAACCGCUGCGAUAUCGACAUCGAUGACUGCAUGGGGAUCGUCUGCGAGCACGGCGGCACUUGCGUCGACCUCGUCAAUGGGCAGCGCUGCCAGUGCGCGCCAGGGUUCCUCGGGCCUCGCUGCGAAACCAGAGUCGACUUGUGUCUAGCGAAACCCUGCGCGAACGGCGGCGAAUGCAUGGUUCUCGACAACGACUACGAGUGCAGGUGUCGGCCCGGCUUCGCUGGGAAGGACUGUUCGAUCGACGUCGACGAGUGCGCCUCAUCGCCGUGCAGGAACGGCGGCACUUGCCAGGACAGAGUGGACGGGUACCAUUGCACGUGCGCCGCGGGCUGGGGCGGGAAGUCGUGCACAGUUUUACUGGCCGAUUUAGUGUUGAAACCUGCGGGUGGACAUUUGAAGAGAGUGGGUGAGGACAUCCAGGACGAGGAGAGUUUGUCGGGGAAGCACGUGGCGCUAAUAGCCGCGUUGUCCGUGGCGGUGCCUAUCGUCGCGCUGAUCGCCGGGGUGGCGGUGGCUUGCGUGAGGAGAAGGAGAAAACGUCUGCAGAACGCGGCUGACGCCGAGGCGAGGGCGCAGAACGCCGCGAACGCGGGCGGCGGGGGGCGCGUGAUACGGAACACGUGGGGCAAGUGCGAGGGCCCGGUGCCGGAGUGCCAGAACGCGCACAACGCGGCGGCGGAGGAGUGCAAGAAGAAGACUCUGAACACGGAGUCCGCCGCGCGACUGCUGGCGGCGCUCGACCCGCGGCUGUCGCGGCUGUCCGCCGACUCGGCGUAUUGCGCGAAUAGCGAUACGUCUCUAGUGAAACGAGCGCUGGAAGGCGGAGGGGUGUACGUGUUAGAUGACCAUUGCUUGCCGCCGACGUACGCGACGCAAGUGUAGUUACUGCCGCCCGGCAAUGGACUUAAAAUUAUUUAUUCACAACGGACGCUUGUGCGAAAAAAGGCUGUGCGCCGCGUGUAUAUAUAGCGUUAAAUGUAAAGUGUGUAUUUAUUUGUGAGGGCGAUUCGUAAGCCAUUGUAAAUAGUAUCGGCGGAACGGAUCGCGUUUUUCCGCCCCUGAUCGGCGAGUGUCGCCCGAAUUACACUGCCAGACUGAUAGCGUAGCGACGCGAGCGGAACACCCUUACAACAGGCAGAUGAUUAUAUCGCCACCAGUGAGAUUGUUUUCCAAAACUGAUACAUAGUUGAGACUGACUCGACGGAGAAUUUCGUUAUAAACUACAAAAACGCAUUCUGCAAAUUUAAAUUUUUAUUAUUUUUAUACACCUCUGAUUGUUAUUUUUUUAAUCAUAAAUUUUCCUUCCGGUUUGUCUCAUCUAUUAAGUUUCGAGAGCGAAUUUAAGGGCGUUUCGAGCGCGUUUGGUUAAGGUUUGCGGGUGAGGACCGCGCGCGCCGAGGGGCCGAGUGGACCGCGUCCACUGUCUGCGAUCUCUCUAGGUAACCGAGAAAGCCGCCGCAGUGUCGGUCCACUGCGCGCCGCUUGCGUUCCCGGGGCGAUACUGAUCGAACAAACCCAGCAAUCUAUUGUCACGCAACAAAUUUUCCCGAUUUUCACUCGCGCUCAGCACCGCCCCGCGAAACGCUCACUAAUUAUCCCUCUAGACUCGCACCAGUAAGAAAGCCAAACCGUGCGUAAAUUAAGAUUUUAGACUAAUUUAUAAAAAAAAAAUAAAACGCGAAUGAUGCGUUAUCAGUUUUUACAUUGAUUUUUGUGAUUGACUAAUUAUUGUCAUUUGUUCCUAUGAUUUAUUAUAGUGUUCUAAUUUAAAAAAAAAUCUUGUUCAGGUUUUCUUGAAAAUCGACGUAGAUUUUUUCUUUCAGUUUAGCUUCCGUUCUGGAAUAGAUCAAUAGCACAGUAACUUAACGUUCCUGACGGCAAAGAACCAUUUGUAUAGUCUAACGGGCGAUACAAAUUGUUCUAUGUCAGUAUAAAAUGAUAUCACAUCACGCACGUAAUUAGUCCAUAGGUAAUAAUAAAUUCAGUACUUAUAAGAAACAAAUUGUCGAAACCUAAGUCAUUGUGUAUAAAAACUUAUUAAGUUUUAGUAUUGUAAGAAUAUUCUCCAUUACUUUCAUAAGAGUACUGUGACAAUAUAUACUGACAUCAGGCAACAUAAGAUACGAUUUCAACUUGUUUUAACUUAUUUAUUUUAAUAGGUUCAGUUCUUGAAUAUGUUGUUUAUGUGGGCUCGCCUUGGUCCGCUGCGCGCUUCUCCAGAAACGUGCUGCGCACUGACGCGAUUACCUUUAUGAAAUAAUUUAUGUUAAAUUACCCUUUUGUAAAACACAUGUAGAUAUUAUUUGGUAAGGGCUAGGCGUUACCUCUUAUGUUGCCUUGUGUAAUCGUAGAGUAAAAAGGUAAAUCGACAAAAAUAAAAAAAUUAUAUCAAAAUAUGAUAGACUGAUGAUCAAUAAUAAUUCUUGUAUUUAAUUUUGUAAGAUGACAAAAUGUAUGUUAAAUUAUGUGAAAAUAGAAACACUACCAUAACAAUUGUACUAAAAUAUGUAACAUAAUUUUGUACUUAAAUUGAUCACAGUAUGUUAUAGAACCUUUCAUUUUUCUUUUUGUGAUUUUUAUACAAAUUUAUGUAGAACGCUCGAUACAAUUCCUUCUCGACCAAUAAAAUGACAGUAUUUUAUAAUUUAUUUAUUUCAACUAUGAUUAUCGUUAAUUUCCAAUGUUUUAUUGUAAAAUCAUUGUUUAAUUAUUUUUUGUGCGUUUACAAUUGACUGAAGCGAAAUUUCUUCUUGAUUUUUUUGGACACAUUUACCAUGAAUCAGUGAUGUAUUAUUUGAUUUGUGGGUAUACUGAAAGAGAAAUUCAAAUCAUUCCAUUUCUUAUUUAAGUAGCAUAUUUUCUUAUCGUUUAUUAUGCAUGCAGGCAUUAUGUAAUUUUCUAUUCGAUGUUUCGUCACGUGACUAAGUACAAUUCCUUCUUUUUGUAUCUUGUACUAUAUUCACAUUUUUAGUUCCAAAAGAAAAAUGAAAGUAGUCCUCAAUAGUAAGAGAUACUAAUUAAUUCCAUAGAUGUAUUGUCAGAUUUGAGUCAUUGUUCUUGGCAGUAAAGGCCCUCUGGGUAAUAUUGCCAGCGUGUUUGUGACGAAUGUGUAAUUAUGUGCAGUG